UUGGGGUGCCAUAUAUUUCCCUGAAGUAUGGCGUGAAUUUCGUGUUUAUCAAAAUGCUAGAUUAAAUGAUGUUGAGGGUCUUAAGUUACAGAAUAUAACUGUACCAGGAAGUAGAUCAAAUCGUUGGAAACAUUCUUGGAAACGUUUCUUUAUAGAACUUGCUUAUCUUCGUGGUUACGUAAUGCUCUAUCCUAAUUAUAAGGAUUCAAUUAGUUUUUCCACUAAUCAUGCUGAAAUAGGUGUUCACAAUCAUCUCAGAGAAGGAAAAAGACGUGAUGUUUUUCAACUUCCAUUAAUGAAAGAGGAUACUUUAUUGGAAGGUUUACCUAAUGGUCGUUUACCAGAUUUUAAAGAUUUACCAACCAUGGAUCUUUGGGGAAAGGUUACAUCAACAAAAGAAUUAAUUGAACGUGGACGUGAAUUACAUUUGAAAAUUUCUGUUUGUCCUCCUACCGGCCUUGAUAAACUCACUUAUGAUCCUCAAGACUUAUUAUGUGUGGAUGAAGAAGUUUUCCGCAUUAAAAUGGAGAAACUUUCCGAGUCCGAGAUUGAACCAGUUCAAGAAAAUACCGAGAUGAAUGAAUUAUUAGUUGAAGAGGAAAACCCUACAAAACAGCCAGUAAUAGAAAAUGAUAAUAAAAUAAUUCACUCUGAUAACCAAGUGGAUGAAAUAAUUCACUCUGAUAACCAAGUGGAUGAAAUAAUUCUUUCUGAUGACAAAAAGAAUAAUAUAAUUCUUUCUGAUGACAACAAAAAUAAUAUAAUUCUUUCUGAUGACAAAAAGAAUAAUAUAAUUCACUCUGAUGACAAAAAGAAUAAUAUAAUUCACUCUGAUGACAAAAAGAAUAAUAUAAUUCUUUCUGAUGACAAAGAGAAUAUGCAUGCUUUUUUUCUUUGA